CGGCAGUCCGCCACUUCCUUUUACACCGGCUCUCGGUUCAGGGUUUUGCACGGACACGGGACCGCUGGAGUAAAACACUUUAACGGGUGUCACAUCAUUCACGGUCAUGGCCAAGUUCAAUGCCCCUGUGAUCCAGGACAACCCGUCCGGAUGGGGUCCCUGCGCGGUGCCCGAGAAGUUCAAAGACAUGCCCUACCAGCCCUUCAGCAAAGGAGACCGUCUGGGGAAGGUCGCUGACUGGACCGGAGCCACGUAUCAGGACAAGAGAUACACAAACAAAUACUCGUCCCAGUUCGGGGGGGGCAGUCAGUACGCCUACUUUCACGAGGAGGACGAGACCAGUUUCCAGUUGGUGGACACGGCCAAGACGCAGAAGACGGCGUACCAGAGGAACCGCAUGAGGUUCGCUCAGAGGAACCUGCGCCGGGACAAAGACCGACGGAACCUGACCCAGUUCAACAUGCAGACGCUGCCCAAGAGCGCCAAGCAAAAGGAGAGGGAUCGUCAGCGGCUGCAAAAGAAGUUCCAGAAACAGUUCGGGGUCCGUCAGAAGUGGGACCAGAAAUCUCAGGCCCAGUUAAAGCCCAGGGACUCCUCUGUGGAGGUGAGGAGCGACUGGGAGGUCAAGGAGGAGAUGGACUUCCCCCGCCUCAUGAAGAUGAGAUACAUGGAAGUGGCCGACCCCGUGGACAUCGAAUGCUGCGGCGCCUUAGAAUACUACGACAAGGCCUUCGACCGCAUCACCACCCGCAACGAGAAGCAGCUGAAGAGCAUCAAGAGGAUCUUCCACACGGUGACCACCACCGACGACCCCGUCAUCCGCAAGCUCGCCAAAACCCAGGGCAACGUGUUCGCCACCGACGCCAUCUUGGCCACGCUGAUGUGCUGCACACGUUCAGUCAACUCCUGGGACAUCAUCGUCCAGAGAGUUGGCAACAAGCUGUUCUUCGACAAGAGGGACAACUCGGACUUCGAUUUACUGACCGUCAGUGAGACAGCCAAUGAGCCUCCGCAGGACGAAGGAAACUCCUUCAACUCGCCACGAAACCUGGCCAUGGAGGCCACGUACAUCAACCACAACUUCAGCCAGCAAUGUCUGCGCAUGGGGGGAGAACGCCACAAGUUCCCCAACUCCAACCCGUUUGUGGAGGAGGACAUGGACAAGAGUGAGGUGGCGUCUGUCGCCUACAGGUAUCGCCACUGGAAGCUCGGGGACGACAUCGACCUGAUCGUUCGCUGUGAACACGACGGCGUGAUGACCGGCGCCAACGGAGAGGUUUCCUUCAUCAACAUCAAGACCCUGAACGAGUGGGACUCCAGGCACUGUAACGGGGUGGACUGGCGUCAGAAGCUGGACUCUCAGAGAGGCGCCGUUCUGGCCACCGAGCUGAAGAACAACAGCUACAAACUGGCCCGUUGGACCUGCUGCGCCAUGUUGGCCGGAUCUGAGUACCUGAAGCUGGGGUACGUGUCUCGGUACCACGUGAAGGACUCGGCCCGCCACGUCAUCCUGGGAACGCAGCAGUUCAAGCCCAACGAGUUCGCCAGCCAGAUCAACCUGAGCAUGGAGAACGCCUGGGGCAUCCUGCGCUGCGUCAUCGACAUCUGCCGCAAACUGGACGAGGGCAAGUACCUGAUCCUGAAGGACCCCAACAAGCAAGUGAUCCGGGUUUACAGCCUGCCCGACGGAACCUUCAGCUCCGACGAAGAGGAGGAGGAAGAGGAGGACGAAGAGGAUGAGGAGGAAGAAGAUGAGGAGAACUGAAAUGUUGUUUUGCUUCGAUGACUGCGACGUCGGCCUCAUUCACACAGAAACAUGGAAAUCAUCUGAACUUCCAAUAAAAACAACAGAUUCGGACA